UUUAAAUUGAUAUAUAUUUUUGUCACAUCGUUUCUAUCGAUUCUUAUUUUUGUUUUAAUUUUCUCUUUGUUUAUUAAUUUUUGUGUAAUGGAUGGCGUGGGGUUGUGUCCGCAAAAAAUUUGCGGAUAAAUUUUAGUCCGUAAAAUAUUUGCGGAUAAAAUAGAUCUUUUUUCUGCUUUUAUGAGGACUUGUUUUUUGUUUUUACCGGCUAGUAAAACCCCCCUUUUAUCUUAACAAUGAAAGGCCGUAUUUUUGUAUCGAUAAAAAAUUGCAAAUUUGUCCGCAAAAUACUUGCGGGCAAAACUUGCAUUUUUUGUUUAAUAUCAAACUAUUUUAAACGAUUUUUUAUCUGAAAAUGUAAGAGCGGGCAUUUGUCUAGAUAAAGAGAAUUGCAAAUUUAUCUGCAAAAAAUUUGCGGAUAGCCGCAAAAUACUUGCGGACAAACUUGAAUCGAUAUUUAAAUUUUUUUAACUAGUGAAUGGAAGGCAAUAAAUUUGAUGAUACUGAUUUGUCUGUGUUAAUUCAAUUUGGAGAUGAAUCUUCUGAAAUUAUUACUGAUGAAUGUGCUGGUGGAUUGACUCAAUUAUUGCUUUGUGCUGGCGAAAUUUAUUAUGGACAAUUCGUCUUACUUGGCUAUAACGGUGCUGAAUUAACUGGAGAACAGAAGAAUCAUGCAAAUAAUCGAAAAAAUUUUUCCAAAAUGUUUUUCAAACGCCGUUUGGAGCCAAAUGGAAUAAAGAAAGGUUCAGUCACUAAAUUGAGUGGAACUGCUGCAGCCAAUAAAGCUAAAGCUUUGCGUGAUUCUAAUAGACAUACAGUGGCUUUCGGUUAUGGAAAGAAUGGAACUGUUGUUGUAGAGUAUUUGUUAGACCCUACCAAAGAUAUGUUUCAGAUUGGCCGUUCUUCAGAAGAACAAAUAGACUUUACAAUAGUAGACACUUGGCUAGCUUCGGGUAAUGGACAUCCUUCUCCUUGUUGUGGUGGACAUAAUAAAAGCCGUCAUUCAAGUCACCGAGAAGAACAUUCCGAACAAAAAACAAUUAGUUCAACAAUAUCUCGCUAUGCUUGUCGUAUUUUGGCUGAAAGGGACAAACCUCACAGAGUUUGGAUUUUUUGGGUUUUAAGAAAAUUUCUUUUGAAGGUUCAAAUUUUUGCUGCUGGUUUUGACUCUUCUCGUAAUAUUUUUCUUGGAGAAAAAGCUACCAAAUGGCAAAAGAAAAAUGGGGAAUUUGAUGGAUUAACUACAAAUGGUGUGCUUAUAUUACAUCCAAAUUGGUGUAACGGGGAGGAGCAUUCGGACGAUACAGGAGAAAUGUACAUUUGGAGAGAAGUUUCGGUAGAUGGCGAUAUUUACACUUUGCGUUCAGCUCGAUCUUCAACUCAACGUGGUGCUUUAGUUUUGGGUGAAACCAAUGAACUUCAGGACGGUACUCUAAUCGAUCUUUGCGGGGCAACACUUUUGUGGCGUUCUGCUGAAGGGCUAAAACAAAGUCCAUCAAAAGUCGAAUUAGAGCAUAGACUUGACGAACUCAAUGCUGGCAAACCUCAAUGUCCAGUCAAUUUAAAUACUUUGGUUAUUCCAAGAAAGCGACACAGCAAAAGUAGUAGUAGUUCAAAACAGCCUUAUGUCUAUUUCCGUUGUGGACAUGUUCAAGGGAAACACAAUUGGGGAGUUCAAAAGAACGGUUCAGCAGUAACAUUUCGUUGUCCAAUAUGCCUCGUCGACUCAGAACGUGUUGCUCAAUUAACAAUGGGCAUGGAAUCAGCCUUUCAUCUUGACUCGGGUCUUUUGGAAUAUUCAUUUAAUCCGUGUGGACAUAUGGCUAGUAAAAGGACUGUUCGUUAUUGGUCUCGUAUAACAAUGCCUCAUGGCACCAAUUCAUUCCAUCCAGUAUGUCCAUUCUGUACAUCUCUACUUACUAUAGACAAGCCAUUUGUUCGAUUGAUUUUUCAGGAUCAUUGCUAUGAAAAUUGA